AUGACUACUUCCAUUAACAGUGUUCUGGGGUGGAAAUAUUCUUCCUUUUUCUCACAAUCUAAUGCAUUCAACGUGGUUUCCCCUUCUUUCAAACCAAAAUCCCCACUCUCCAAGUUUUCUCUCACUUGCUCUGCCGCCUCCUCUUCCUCUGAUCCACUCUUGGUCAAGGCUGCCAGGGGAGAUCCUGUUGGUCGUCCUCCGGCAUGGAUGAUGCGACAGGCAGGAAGGUACAUGGCUGUUUACAAAAAGCUUGCUGAGAAAUAUCCAUCCUUCAGAGAGAGGUCAGAGACAACUGAUCUCAUUGUGGAAAUUUCUUUGCAGCCUUGGAAAGCUUUCAGGCCUGAUGGGGUCAUUAUCUUCUCCGACAUCCUUACACCACUUCCUGCAUUUGGAGUUGAUUUUGACAUAGAAGACAUAAGGGGACCUGUUAUACAUUCACCAAUUCGUUCUGAGGAGGGAUUGAAAACUUUGCAUCCAAUUGACCUUGACAAGCUUAGAUUUGUUGGAGAAUCACUUAAGAUACUGCGCCAAGAGGUUGGUGGUCAUGCAGCUGUUUUGGGUUUUGUGGGAGCACCUUGGACAAUAGCAACGUAUAUUGUGGAAGGGGGUACAACACGCACAUAUACAACCAUUAAGAGCAUGUGCCACACUGCUCCACAUGUAUUGAGGACUUUGCUUUCUCAUUUGACGCAGGCAAUAGCUGAUUAUGUUAUUUUCCAAGUGGAGUCUGGGGCUCACUGCAUACAAAUAUUUGAUUCAUGGGGUGGACAACUACCACCUGACAUGUGGGAGCGCUGGUCAAAGCCUUAUAUCAAAGAGAUUGUAAAUUUGGUCAAGAAAAAAUGCCGUGAGGUACCAAUUGUUCUUUAUAUAAAUGGAAAUGGUGGCCUUCUGGAGCGUAUGAAAGAAACUGGAGUUGAUGUUAUAGGGCUAGAUUGGACAGUGGAUAUGGCAGAUGGAAGAAGAAGAUUGGGUAGUGAGAUAGGUGUGCAGGGAAAUGUGGACCCUGCCUACUUAUUUUCCCCUCUUGCUGCCCUGACUGAAGAAAUUCAGAGGGUUGUGAGGUGUGCAGGGCCCAGACGGCACAUCCUUAAUCUAGGGCAUGGUGUUCUUGUUGGCACACCAGAAGAAGCUGUUUCACAUUUCUUUGAAGUAGCUAGGAGCUUGCAGUUUGACACAAUUUUUCAGAACAAUACUGCAAAAGACCCUAAUCUAGUAACAUAA